CUGACAGGAAAAGCUGGCUUGCGUGAUCUGCGGCUGCAGACCAAUCAGAUUUACAUAACCACUGCUGACUACGGUGCUUGCUCUUCCGGAGCAUUCCUGCUUGUACGGUUGUAGUUUAUCAACAUUGCUACCUUCUCAUUGUCAAUUGGCAAGUUUCAGAAUAUUACGAUACUCAUGGAAAGUUCGGUUUUUAGAAGUGGGGAGCAUUGGAUGAUGCUCACACCUUGAAAUUUUGAGUUCUUGUUUUCUUUGUUGUAUCACAGAGGAGGCGCGGCACUCUCUAAAUAAUUUGCAAGCCUAAGAUUCUCUGUGUCAGCUUCGUUGGGUCAAAGAAGUGCAGAUGUUCUCAAACGAUUUGGCCCCCGGAUCUCGUCUGCAAACUCAGCAUCGUGGCACUGCUAAUCCUACAACUGCCAGGGGCCCACUUUCUCCUAUGAGCGCUGCAUUGCGGCUGGCAGACUUUCUCCGCCCGGGUUUAGAAUAGCUAAUAGUUCCUUCAACCUAUCCCAAGGAGGCGCUUUGAUAGCUCCUUCGCAAGUUUGAUCGGAGUUUGAAUUGUAGAAAGAAGGGCCAGCGGCAGAAUACAUUGACAGUGCAACGGGUUGGGUUAGUUCUGGCCUGUUGGCAGCUUUCAGUCCCGCCACAGUAGGCUAGUCAGCAGUUUGCUACACUCUCAAGGAACACGCCGCUGCUGAUCUCAGCCACUGGCCGGUUGCUUUGAACAAACUGGGCUGUUCAUCGAGUUUGAGGGGGGCAAUUUGCUGGGCCCGAUCUACUCCUCAUUGCAGCUUGUUGCGGUAGCCCGCCAAGCUUAUCAAAGCUUUCACAGUGGCUUGGCAGCUGGUUCCUGCCAUCUGAGCUGGGGAAUCGGAGGGAUUAACUAGCUCGUUCACUCCGCCCAGAGCGAGGAGAAUCUCAAUAGCCCACUAGCUCGUCGUUUUGGGUUUGGCUAACCGGUGGCCUAACAUGUCCCUCUUUAACCACCUCCGAGCGCUCCAGGUUCUUUUCCUCUUCAUAGCCGAUCAGAUUACCGAGCCCAUCAGGAAAACCAAAACUGGCGCUGCGAUCUUGAACUCUGUACGGAAACGCUUUUCUGGGAAGUCCUCUCUCCCCGGAUGGGGACACAUAGCGGAAAAGAGUGAGCGGAAAGCGGGCAAAAAGCGGCGAUCAAGACGCGGGAUCUGUUCCGGAGGGGUGGUGAGAUGGGUACCCAUACUGUUCCUUCCGACGUGCUUCGUCUACCUGUUUGUGGUUAUGUUUAGGAGCGGGAUCAGCGAGGUAACCCACGAGGUUAGCGUGGUGACCCACGGGGUUAGUACCGUAACUCACGAGGUUUACGAACGGGCGGGGCAUUCGAUUGAAACAUUAGCGGCUACGGCGCAGCGGGGGCGAAAGGCGCUUGCAGAUGAGUUCCGGACGCCGGCACAGGUUGAGAUUCGGACGGUGGAAGUUCCCGCCCCCCUGGAAACAUUCGACGAGGAAGAUUUCCUGAGCUCGGAGGUGCCCACAAAGGGGAGGAAAGACUUUGUCAAGAACGGGGGGGUCAAGAAGGAAUGGGGGGAGGGCGAAGCCGAAAAGCUGCGAGCGAUCAACGAUAAGUACUGGCUCGCCAUCUGGCGGUUGGAUGCGGAGUUCCGCCGAUCCGCUAUGGAUAAAAUGCAGAUUCCGAUCGUGAAUUUGCCGCCUGUGGAGCGGGAUUCGGACGCGUUGUGCGACUUCUCGGCGUCCGAGGUUUCGGACACGCCACGACCGGAUCGGACGGUGUACGACAUCUUCCUGUUUAAGGACGAGCGGGACCUGCUUGAAAUCAGAGUGCACGAGUUGCAGAGCGUCGUCGACUGGUUCGUCAUCGUACAGUGUCCGAUCACUUUCAUGAACCGGACCGUCGAACUCGUCGAUCCCAUAAGCAUUCCGGGCGUCGCUGAUUAUAAGCACAAGAUCAAGCAGGUUAUUUGCGACCUGAAGACCUAUCCCCUAGAGGAAACCAGCCCGUGGAAGCGCGAGGCCCACAUGCGCAACGUGGCGCUCGACUCCAUCCUCGACGUUUCCCGCGACGACGACGUCAUCCUGUAUGGCGAUCUCGACGAGAUGCCCUCCCGAGCGACCGUCGAGAAAGUCGUGCGCUUCGAAACGGCGCAGUUUCCGGUCGUCAUGCAGAUGCCGCUGUACCGGACGAACUUCGGGUGCCUGGAUCGGAAGCUGUACGGGAAGGAUCAGUGGGCGGGGACUGUUGCAACGACCGGUCGACUCGUCCGCUCGCGAGAACCCCCCUUCCACGAAAACGGGAACCAGCUGCGGUGGGAGUUGCGCGGUCACGGGACAAACGUCAUCAAGUGCUCGGGUUGGCACUGCAGUUCCUGCAUGGACGUCAGCACAAUCAUUGGCAAGCUGUCGGAGUAUUCACACGCCGACGAGAUCGGGUCCGACCAGAAAGACCCGGAUAUUCUGAUGGACGAAAUCGAGAGUUGUCACUUUGGGCUCUGGAAGCGGACGAGAACCUGGAAGGGGCUGCCCGCGUAUGUGGUGGCAAACGCGGAGCGCUUCGCAUACCUUAUGCCGCGGUGAAGAGGGGGGGCUGCCCGCGUAUGUGGUGG